AUGACAGGUCGAUCUCAGCGUGGCAAAAUUGGAAGCGGUUUUUACGCACGUAUGCCGAAGUGGAAAAAAAUCUGCUUGCGUUCCACAAAUCAUGUCACGAACAUGCCAAGGUCUGUCGAGCAUCGACUUGCGACGACAAUUAGGCUGCGCCCAAUUCCCGGUAUCACAUAUAUUAGAUUAGUGCCUGCUGCAUGUUCCCAUGGUGCCGGUACUGGUAUCUCGCACGAUCCGGCAAGCGAGGAAGACCCAGGUACCGUGUCGGAUUCAGAGCUCCGGCUCUGUCGAAAGACGGUGGCGUUGAUGCUCAACUUCUCAUGCAAACUUUGGGCUAACUCGGUCCGCAGUCUCGUCAACGAUAUCGGAGAUUUUGCAGACUUGAGAGCGCAUGGUCCUACCACUGUGGAGAACAGAUGA